AUGUAUACAGGAUUUGGCAAAUAUACUUCACAUUCAGAGCAAACACUACCGCAUCCUGAGCGCUCGUUUCUGAACUUCUGCUUGCAAUUAUGUCAGGUCGAGCCAGGAGUCUUUGCGUCUGUUAUGGAUAUCGUAUGGCGAAUUGGGCCAAUAUGCAGUAGUCACCCUUUGACAAACUUGUGUCGCGAGUUCCGCUUAGGGCUUCAAUGCAUGCCUUUGUCGAUCCUAUCAUAUCGGUACUCUCCUCAUAUGCGUCGGGAAGCGUGGAAUUAUCUGGGCCCCGGCUUCAUUCAAAAGAGGCUCACAUCACUCACCCUUGAAAUUAAUCUACCUCGAGAAUCACGCAAUGAAAUAUUCGAUGCCUGCUUUGACAUCCUUGGGUUCUCUAGUUCCAACGAUGACUUGUCUAUUCUAGCCAUUGACUGCCUUGUCCGAAUCAUCAAAUCCGGAAAAGGAUUGUGGUGGGAAACCUUGUCAGAUGUGUUAGCAGAGAAUACAUACCAAGAUCUUUCUGAUGUUGUCGACUUAAUGUUGAAUGACUCAUGCACCAAGUCCACAAUAUCGGGAGUAUUCUUCUAG